CGAGCAGAACCUGUGUCUCCUUCUCUCUUUCUCUCACUCACCUCUGAUAUUUCUAUAUUUCGAAGCUCAGUGUUUCAUCGAUCAAGAUCCAACGGUCCAUAAUGUACGAGCUUUCUUCUCCUAUUUUUCAGAGGUUUUAGUGCUUCAAACCCUCAGAUCUUGCUUAUCAGUCUCUAGAUCUUCUUCUCUGGAUAAAAUUUUUGUGGUUUGAGAAAGGACUUGUUUGUUUGUUACACGAAAUGGAGACUGAACAGAGUUCGAUGAUGGCCACGCUCCCUUAUGGCGCGUUAACGUACGCCGCGGAAGUGCUUGUGAGUUUGUUAGCUUCCGCUGUAAUCAAAGCCACGCUUUUGGCUCCGGAAUUCUAUGAGCUAAUGCUAACCAACAUGCCUAUAACAAAAGGAGAGAGUAAAACCUCAAGUCAAAACAAGCAACUUGACGCUGAAGGAGAAGAUGGCAAUGAUGAUGAAGAUGAAGAAGAUGACGAUGGAAAUGGUGCAUUUGGAGAAGGAGAAGAUGAAUUGUCUUCUGAAGAUGGUGGAUAUGGUAACAAUUCCAACAACAAGAGCAACUCAAAGAAGGCACCUGAAGGCGGUGCUGGUGGUGCAGAUGAAAACGGAGAAGAGGAAGAUGAUGAAGAUGGCGAUGACCCUGAUGAAGACGAUGAUGAGGACGAGGAUGACGAUGAUGAGGAAGAGGGUGGAGAAGAGGACGAGGAGGAAGGUGUUGAUGAAGAAGAGAAUGAAGAAGAGGAGGAGGAUGAGGACGAAGAAGCUUUGCAGCCACCAAAGAAAAGGAAGAAGUGAACUUAGGUUUUAGUCACGCCUCCUUCGUGUAUUGUUGUGUUUGGAUUUGGCUUCUAACUCCAUGUUGUUUCAUUCAGUUCUAAACUUCUAUGUUGUUAUUUACAUUAUAAGGGAGGCCUAUGUAGUAGGACAUGUUUUAAUUGAUAUCUGUGUUUACCAUUGCGUAAUUAGAAUGCUACAUUAUGUUAAGCAGACAGUCUUAAAUUAACUGGAGAAAAAUUGUGAUCCUUGUUUUAA